GUAGGAUACCAGACUGGGAGUGUGUAUUCAUUACAGUCACAACAACCUGCAGUUUGAGAAGAAGAAUUAAAAGGAUAAUGUGAAAGUAAGAGACAUUUCUGGGAACUUGAGAACUGAUAAAUACAGGUUUCGAAUUAGCUGACAAUGGAAGUGCAUGGGAAUACGUCUGCUAUCUGUUCUUCUGAUAACAUAUAUAUAAAACAUUACUAUCUUCCAGUUAUGUAUGGGAUUAUAUUUUUGGUUGGAUUCACUGGAAAUAUCACAGCCAUCAUAAUCUACGUGGUCAAGCUGAGGCCUUGGAAGAGUGGGAGCAUCAUUAUGAUGAAUCUCGCAGUGGCUGAUUUGCUGUACGCUCUCAGUUUACCUUUCUUGGUCAAUUUCUACAUCACCAGGAACUGGACGCUUGGCGAGUUUAUGUGUCGUUUUCUCCGCUUCUGCUUCCACUUCAACCUGUAUGGCAGCAUCCUCUUCCUUACUUGUCUUAGUGUCUUCCGUUAUGUGGUGGUGGUGCACCCACUUCGAGCGGCUCAAGUCCAAAAGGCGUCCUGGGGUGUGUCUGCCUGCUUGAUCACCUGGGCCAUCUCUCUGCUGGAGAUUAGCCCAAUGGUCACUAUGAUCACGACCCAGAAGGUUGGUAACACCACAGACUGUUUAGAUUUUGCCAGUAAUGAUCCAAAGAUGGUGUGGUGGUAUGGCUGGCUGCUGAGCAUUCUGGGGUACUUGCUGCCCUUGUUUGUUGUGUGUUGGUGUUACACACAUAUCAGGGUUGCCCUGGGAAGAAGCCUUUCAGCAUCAAGGCCCAGCCGGGUGCGAGCCCACAGACUCACAGUGAUGAUCUUGGCCGUGUUUGUCAUGUGUUUUCUGCCUUAUCACAUCCUGAGGGUUCUAAGAGUGGACAGUCUGAGGAGCAACAUGACAUCCUGUGCAGACAAGAAAACCAUCAAUGAUGUCUACAUGCUGUCACGGCCCCUGGCAGGCCUUAACACCUUCUUCAAUCUGGCCCUCUUCACCUUGGCUGGAGACAAGUUUCAACAAGCUUUCUAUAGCCUGAUUCCCAGGAGGAAACCUGAGAUCAGCAUGGUGGCUGUGAUCUGCUGAAGAUCUGAAAAUCUUUUUUUUUGACUCGAUCUACUUGACAUAACUUUAUAUAUGAAUUGCAUUAACAGCGUAGAUAGCGAAAACACAUUUAUUUUACUUGAGUUGCUAAUGCUGGAUAGAAUACAUGACCGUUUUUUUAAUACAAAAGAUGGUGUUGCAAGUGUUAAAGAGCUGUUAGCGCCAUCAUUAAGCAUUUAGCAUAUUGUUGUACAAGCACUUUACCCUUAAAAUCAAGCACAGGAUGCAAGAAAUUUAGGUACAGCAAAGUGAGGUAACUCACAAACGUGUGCUAAGUGCCUUAAGUAGAGAGGAAGUAAUUUACAGUGAAUGAAUGCAAAGUACACCAUCUUCCUAGCCUGGAUUUGUUUUUCUGUUGUGUUUAGCUAGUAAGAACUUUUGUCUUGUUUUCUUUUGCUUGUUAUUUUCACAUUAGCAAUUAGCAAUUUUGUCAUUGCUAGCAUACAUAAUAGGAAUUCAAUGCUCAGAAAGAGGGCCAUGCUUUUUUAAAGAUAUAUAUAUAGCUAACUAUAUAGUUUCUUUCUCCACCAAUGUUUAUCCAAUAAAUAAAUAUAUAUUCUCAAGCAGAGUUUUUUUUUAAAGGCUUCAUUUCCUUCACAUUUCAACGGCAAUUUCGUUUAAUGGCCGAGUCUGUGCGAACGAGCAGCCCGAAUGAGCAGGUAUUUCAGCAGAGUUCUUCACAGUAGAUGUAUCACACCACCUGAUGAGCUACAACACAUUUGCUACGUUUAUUUAGA